GGGCGGAAUACGACAGGGGAAGACGCGUUGAGUGGGAUCAAAUCAGGGGUCAAGCCGUCGCAUGGCGGCCACAAAAAAUACGGAGGGGCGUGUUACACCAACACAAGGGGAACUGGCCCCGUUUCAGGCGCACGCGAAGGCGCUAUGGGCAGGGAAAGGCGCAAGGUCAGGUGUUCACCGGUAUUCGUGCAUUGUAGCGGGUAUGAAGGGACGGGCAACGUCUCCUGUUGGCAUUGUUUGCCGUAUUGACUUCUUUUUCUGUUUACCUGGUGGGAAUCAACGCAGCUUUGGUUCUUCGGCCGCUUUCGUUAUUAGUUAUCGGGAUUUGAGAGUUUCCAAGGCUUGUCGUUGCUCAAACCUAAAAAAAACGAGUCACGAAGGUUUAAGGAGAUUAUGUAAUCUCAGGAUCAAAGUUAUUUUUAUCUGAUCAUGGUUAUCAGAUAAGUGUCACGGUGGGGCCGCAUCGGAUAAAGAAAAAAUGCCCAUAGUAGGAAAUCAUUAGGCCAAAUCACGCAUCGUGUAGUUGCCCCAAGAUACCGUAUUUCGCCUGUUUAUAAUCUUGCUUAUUAGUAUAAUUUCCCGGAAUUAUCGUCAUACAAUUACCUGAUUUCAGGCUUUACAUUCCAGUGGAUGUAAAAAGGGACCUUCUCCUUCCGUCGACCAAAAUAGUAGUCUAACUGUUUUCUUUACAGUAACUACCCUGUAGCAGCCUGGGUGCUAAGGAGCCUAGUCAUUCUAGACCAGGAACAGGGUUAGCCGCAAUCACGAAGUCUAAGCCAGAGAUGAAAAGGCGCACAUAUCAAUAUCCUGAGCUUACAUGUGGCAGAAGAGUCACUAUUAGCUGUGGCUAUAGAAAUACAUAAUCAUAAAGAGGUGCAUCGCCUCUACUUCUGAAAGUGGCAUACCUUAGCCUUGGUAAGCCCGAGGCAUGUUAUUUCAAGCUUGAUUAGCAAGGACCUUCAUGGCUAAACAAUUAUCAAAGGCUAUAUUACUUUUACCAAGCGAGAGGUAGGGCAGGGUUUUGGGGUAUGAUUGGCCGGUAGUCAUGACGGCGCCGAAGGGAGACUGUGUUUAUAUCUCCGACUGAGGACACUCCGCCGCCCUUGUUACCAGGUCGGCCUUGUAUGGCUACAUGGUCUCUAACCUGUUGGAACUAGGGAAUUCUUCGUGGCAAAGAGCACCAUAGCGCUACCUAGUUAAUCAACAAGAGGGCAUUAUCCGGAUAUUCCAUGGCUUAAAUGAAGUAAUUAUUCCGCAACAGAAUGGGCGUGGGUAUAUCUCACAGUUAAAAGGGCCUUGACAGCAGCACCCAGAUUGAGGAUCUCCAUCAGCUUGCGAAAGUCAAGGUCCCCAGAGACGAGUUAAGCCACUAAUCUAGUUAGUUACGGUGU